UUUCUCUACACUACAGGAAACUGAAUGUGUGGGUUCUUUGAAAGGAAACCACUCAAGGAAUUCAGUCAUCCAGUGACUUCAUUCCCUCAAAAGCCCUGACUCUGAUCAGUAUCCUUUGCACCCUUGACCACAGCGAGGUGGGGAAGUCUUUUGCUAAGUCAGCACUGUUGCAGUGGUCCUAACAUAGUGGUGUACAGGAGUGUUUAAUGAUGGUAUAAAAACCAGAGAAGGAUUGCAAUUGUUAUUCCCUUCGAGGAACAUUGUUCUCAGUGAAGCUUCCCUCUGCUGUACAUGUAUCUCUACCCCACGAAGCUUUUGUAAGGCCAGUGGUGCAGUUUUGGUUGUUUGGUCUUCAGUUGGAACUUACCCUGAUUUGAUUGAGCCAGCACUAUGCAAAUCUCUCCUACCGACCCCAUUGUCAAGUUCUCUCUAACAGGUUUGGCUGCUGUGGUCGCCCUGUGGCUUGUCUUUGGCUAUGCUGCAUCAUUCAUCAGCGCUUUCCUGGGUUUCCUGUAUCCAGCCUAUGCCAGUGUGAAGGCCAUCGAGAGCGUUCGCACUGAAGAUGACACCCAGUGGCUGACCUACUGGGUGGUAUACAGCGCCUUUGGUAUGGUGGAGUUCUUCACUGACAUCUUCCUGUCAUGGUUUCCCUUCUACUACCUAGCCAAGAUGCUGUUUCUUGGUUGGUGCAUGGCCCCCAUCUCUUCCAACGGAUCCCAGUUCAUCUACAAUCGCUUCAUCAAGCCCUUCGUCCUGAAACACCAGAAACAGAUGGACGAAGCCCUGGAAAAAAUGGGCGAGGUGGCCAGCUCCACUCUCAGUGAAGUUUUCAAAGGUGUCGACCAAGCCCAACAGUUGGCCCAGGAGAAGGCAGCAGAGGCAGCAGCCGAACAGGUCAAGAAGUCCAUGAGCGGCGACGCCACCAAGCAGGACUAAUUGAGAGGCUGCCCUUGCAGCAACAGCAGCAUCAGCAGCGUGUCAGCAUGCCUGCCAGUAAGCAAAAAUGCCGCAUGGUUGGGGGGUGAGGGUCGGCAUGGAAAGGAGGGUUAAAUGUAAAAUUAAUAUUGUGUGGCCAGUCAUUCCCAGCAUGCAUUGGGGACAGUCCACCACACCAUCUUGAGAUUCCAGAAAUGCACCAGUUGAUGCUAGAACCCAUUCAGCUCAACAGAAUUCAAUCGUCUCUGAAGCGGGGCGGAAAGAGUUUCUAAAAUACAUGUAUCUUGAUCCUUCCAUUCAUGAGCACAGUGUCAUAACUACAUGUACCGUUAAAUGCAUGCUGGGAACUUCAACACACGGUGGGUCAGUUGUUGUAAGAAACGAGUGAAUAGGGUACAAUGCUUUCAGCGAUAGGUGAAAUGGUUAUUAAAAAAGUGAUUUAAAAAGUAGAAGAAUCACGUGAGCAAUUUCUUGUUUGAAUGAAAUGUCUCGUUCUUUAAAAAUCCAAAGUAACUUUUAAUAAGUGGAUAUAUACAUGUGUACUCUGUAUGGCGUAAGUGAUAUCAAGUUUGUACAUGUAUAGCAGAUUUGAUUUGCAAAAUUGAAGUCAAAUGAGUGUUAAGUGGUGGGGUGAGAUUUGGUUUUUUUUUUGUUCUUUUUCUGAUUUUGAUCAUUUUGAUUCAUUGGUGUUGGUGGUUUAACUCAAUAGGCAGGUACAUGUAUCAGCGCAGCAUUUUCAUACAUGUAGUUAUAGUACAACAGGAUCUGUAUGGAGGUCUCUUGCUACCCGGUAGUUGAUAUAUAGCGUCGGUUCUCAGUCGUGCUUUUGUGAAAUAGAAGCCUAUUUAAACAAAACUGUGUUAAACAGUCACAACCCGUUGUAGUCUUAAAUAGACCUCUGUACUGAUGAUGGCACAUUUCGUCAAAUGGGUGUGCUUUCCCUAUGGUGCUCAGUGGACCAUGAGCUACUGAUGGCUAAAUAUGAAAGUGCACAUGUAGGCUGAGUGGGACGUCGUCAGGACAUAUGCCUGUUGGCAGUUUCACUGCUUACUAGUCGAGCGACCCGACUAAAUAGAUGAUAUAUGUAGCAUUAGGAAUUGACAGUGGUUCUAGUCGAUUGCAAAAGAAUUGGAUCUGGUUGAUCUUCAGUGUUUUCUAAUUGAGCAUAAAAUGUUUAUUUAAGCAGUCUCAAAGUGGCCGUGGGUAAAUAUUCCAUAAAUUUAUAAGCCGGAAGACUCCCCAGUGUUUGCUAAAUUGGUUGGUCAAUAUUAAUUGUCCUAAAAUACCUACUGAAAAAAACAAUCUUCACUGGAUUUCAGGAUCGAAUGGUUGGCCAAUGGAUUGAAAUGUCUGUGCUCAGAAUUUUUAUGUAUUUGCCUUGUUUCAGCAGUGGUUGUAUUUAUUCAAUGAGGCGUGCAAAAUUAGAACGUUUGUCUGUAUCACAUAUGACUUCCAUUGGAGCCCUGUUGCUGGCAUUAUAGAUGCGUAGCCACACUAGUUGUUACAGAUACAAGUCUGGUGUUCUCCCUGUUUGUAUCUUAAAUUGUUAGUUUAAAAGCCCCACGAAUACUGUAUUUAAAUGUCAUAGCUGUACAAUUUCAAUGAAGUGUUUAGUGAGUUUUCGAUGUACACAUCAA